AUGACCUAUUCCCUACAUUUGAUUUCACAGCAUUGCUAUAAUAUAACAGCGUCUUACUUAUCAAUAAAAUGUAAUAAUCCUGUUAUUCAGACUACACAAAAUGCGAUCACACUUACCAGACUAGAAUUACUGAAUAAUGUUCUUCCAUGCUGGAAUCCGUUUAAUGGCCAGAUAUCGUUUUCUUAUAACGGAGGUAAGGAUUGCCAGGUUCUACUUAUAAUAUAUUUAAGCUGCCUGUGGGAGUUCUUCUUGGAUAAGGUAUCCGAUUCACAGUAUGACCAAAAAUACCAUAGCAUCCCGCUCAAGAAACUACCCGCCGUUUAUAUCCAUAAUGCCCAGAAUUUCGAAUCAUUAGAACAUUUUAUUGGCUCAAGUGUUGAGAGAUAUGGACUAUCUCUCUAUGAAUCACCCAAAGAAUCUGCAAUAAAUAUGCCGCAAGCUUUCACAGAGUACCUGGAACUCUUCCCCAAUACCAAAGCCAUAAUAAUAGGCAUCAGACACACUGAUCCAUACGCUGAAAACCUUAAAACGAUUCAUAAAACGGACUCUAACUGGCCGGAAUUUAUCAGAGUACAACCGCUUCUGCAUUGGGACUUGGAAAAUAUUUGGAGUUUCUUGCUAUACUCGGGUGAAGAGAUAUGUGGGUUAUAUUCCUUAGGAUUUACGUCUCUUGGAAGUAUGGAUAGAACAGUACGGAACCCUAAUCUAAGAAUUCGGGAAGAUGACAGUAAUUCUGCCGAUCAGGUCUCGUCAUUAAAGAAUCCCUUUGAGUGGGAAAUACAACAUGCAUACGGCAAGCUGAACCCUGAAGAUAAGGUUAACUUAUCACCCAUUACCAGUCCAGACAGGGAAGUUAUCAUGUGGUCGAGUAACGAAAGCUACUAUCCAGGCUGGUAUUUAACUGAUAAUGCCAAGGAACGUGCUGGUCGCCACUGA